AUGUCUCCACUUACGAUUCUCUUUGUUAUCGCUGCGGUGUAUGGAGUGCUUGGAGAAGUGAGUAAAGGCAACCCCGUUGCAGAUUCUCGUGCUGACCAAAGUGGACUUGUGUCCUACGCUUCUUCGGGCCUGGGUGGUUAUGGACUCGGCGCAGGUGCUGCCGGUCUUGUUGGUCCCGCAGCUGGAGUCAUCAUCGGUGGACCUGGUCUCAUUGGUGGAGGUGGCAAUCUAAAUAACGCUGCCGCCGUUGGUGCUGCUCAACUUAGUGCUAUUCAAAACGCUCAGGCCGUGCAAGCUACACAGAUCGCCAAUGCUGCUGCUGCUGCCAUUCAAGGUGCACGUGUUGCCGAGGCUGCUGCUAGAGCCGGACAAGCUAAUGCUAUCCAGAACGCUCAGGCAUUAGAUGCUGCUCGUAUUGCUAAUAUCCAGAGAGCUCAAGCCGCUGCUUACGAAAAUGCUCGUGCCGCUGAUGCUGCAAGACGAGCUGCUGCAGCUUCAGCGGCGGAGGUCGCCCGCGCAGCUGAGGCUGAACGUUUUGCCAAUGCUGCUCGCGUCCAAGCCGCCGCUAUCGCUAACGCACGUGCUGUAGAGGCUGCACGUAUCGCCAACGCUGCGAGAGCUCAAGCUGCUGCCGUUGCCACCAGCGCUGCCCAAGCUCAAGCUGUCGCUGAUGCUGUUGCUCGCAAUGCCCAGGAUGGUGCUCUGUUGCUCGGCGGUGGAGCUGGUUGGGCCGGUAACGUGAUUGGCGUUGCACCAAUCGCUGCUGGCGGUUACAAUCUUGUCGGUCUUGGAGGAUAUGGGCUCGGCUAUGGACUCGGAGGAGGUUACGGCCUCGGCUAUGGCCAUGGUCACAAGUAAAAACAAUCGACUUCUUAGUGAUAAUAUUGAAUGAUGUAUUAGUGAUGACACCAAUUGAUCUAGAUAGAAAAAUUAAAUUUCUUUAUCCAUUUCGUCACAUUCCAAGGAAAUGGUUAGCGGCAUAUUGUUAUUAUAAUUAAGAAUUCGCUGUGUAAAUAUAUUAUAGAAAUACAUACCAUUGCAUCAAG